CUCAUUCACCCAGUCACUCACUAACUCACCCACCCACCCACCAGGGCCGUAUUAUCCGAUAGGCCACAGUAGACACUGUGACCACGUCUUUUUGUUGUUGUUGUUUAUUUUACGCACAAAAAAAUGUCACCAAGAUUUCUUCUUAUCAUCCGGCCAUGCCAACUGUCGAAGAGGAGGGACGAGCGGGCGAUGGACGCAACCGAGGGAGACGUCGGCGUGGAGAGGGAGGAGGAGAGAGGAGAGGGAAUUGUGGAGAGGCUGUCGGGUGGAGGGCAGAGGGUGGAGGAGGAGAAGGUGGUGGAGGUGGUGGAGGAGGAGGUGGUGAAGGUGGUGGAGGAGGUGGUGGUAGGCGAGAGGGUAGAGGGACGUGAGGAGGUGACGAAGGAGGAGAGAGUGGACAGGGAGAGCGAUAAGGUAGAGUUGGUGAAGGUGGUGGAGUUGGUGGAGUUGGUGGAGUUGGUGGAGGGGAGAGAUAGCGGGGAGAGAGUCGAGAUGGAGGAGGAGGGUUUGGGAGAGGGAGUGAAGGAGGCAGAGGAGGGAGUGAAGGAUGAGCAUGAAGAGGGAGUGAAGGAGGCAGGGGAAGCAGUGAAGGAGGCAGGAGAGGGAGUGAAGGAGGCAGAGGAGGCAGUGAAGGAGAUACGGGAGGGAGUGAAGGAAACAGGCGAGGGAGUGAAGGAUGAGCAGGACGAGGGAGUGAACGAGGCAGAGGAGGGAGUGAAGGAGGCAGAGGAGGCAGUGAAGGAGACAGGGGAGGCAGUGAAGGAAACAGAGGAGGGAGUGAAAGAAACAGGGGAGGCAGUGAAGGAGACACGGGAGGCAGUGAAGGAGACACGGGAGGGAGUGAAGGAAACAGGGGAGGCAGUGAAGGAUGAGCAGGAGGAGGCAGUGAAGGAGACCCGGGAGGGAAUGAAGGAAACAGGGGAGGGAGUGAAGGAGGCAGUGAAGGAGGCACGGGAGGGAGUGAAGGAAACAGAGGAGGCAGUGAAGGAGGCAGUGACGGACGAGCAGGAGGAGGGUUUGGUGUGCGGGGUGGUUGCGGCGUCCAUCUCGCGAGCCGCCCGCACCGUGACGACGGAGACUCGGCUGCAGCGCAGCCACGCGGCGGACAUCGCGUGGGUCUCCUGCGCCCAGUUCACCGCCGAGGUCGGCCGCGGGCAGAUCGAGGAGUUUCUCACGACGUGGCGACGCUCCCCGCUGUGGCUCCACUGCACGGAGUUUGUGGGCGAGGAGCGCUGCGCGUGGGGGCGCCGCUGCCGCUACCGCGUCACCUGGAGCCUCCCCACGGCGCAUGCCCCCAUCCCCAGCGCCAGCGCGCAGACACACUUCACCCUCCUCGUCGCCAGCGGCAGGCCGCCGGACUCCCCCGUGGAGGUGUCCUUCACCUUCGAGGGCAGCGGCCUCGUCCACAGGCCGGGGAUCUCUGUGUUCCGUGAGCGCUGGCUCAGCGACAUCCUGGAGAGCAAGAGACUCCUCCUGGAGACGCGGUGCCUGACAGCGACACCACCAACAACAACAAUAGCAGCAACAACAACAACAACAGCAGCAACAAUAACAGCAGCAGCAGCAACAACAGCAGCGACCAUUCACUGCUGAACGCCACCACCACCGCCACCACAUUCACUAAUCACCUACCACCACCACCACCAACAACAGCAGCGGCAGCAACAACAGCAGCGACCAUUCACCGCUGAACGCCACACCACCGCCACCACAUUCACUCAACCACCACCACUACCACCACCUCCACCACUACCACCAUCACCUCCAUUCAACAC